CGCACACACUCACCGGUGUUACCGAGCCUACGGUAUACUGAAUACCUACGACGAGGCUGUGGCUACGUGUCUCGCUGACGGCGACAGUUUAGCCAUGCCUCGCGACAGCACAACCAAUAACUUCCUUGUCGCUUUGAAAAACAACGUCAGCACUAGGUGUGAAUUCCGGUUCGGACUGCACCGUAGGAAUGAAACGUGGAAUUACGUAGACGGUGGAGAGUUAACAGGAUACAUGAACUGGGCCGAAAAUGAGCCGAACAAUGCCGGAGGAAUUGAAGAUUGUGCCGAGUACCGUCCCGCUACCUACCAUGAAAAACACAACAGAAAUAAAUGGAACGACCGGACCUGUUUAACAGACAGAUGUUUCCUCUGCGAAGCUGAGCCAGUUGAUGGCGGUUGGUCCGACUGGAGCCCAUGGUCUGCCUGCAGUGUGACGUGUGGAGUCGGUACACAGACUCGGGACCGAACCUGCACCAAUCCGCCACCAGCUAACGGUGGGGCGGACUGUGAUGGACUGGAUCAGGAGACACAAGACUGUGACACAGAAGUGCUCUGUCCAGGUGUCAAUGUCGCCCUGGGGAAGGCAGCGUUCCAAACAAGUGACUAUGAGGACCAGAGCAGUGGUAGGGGGGCUGCAAGAUUUGCUGUUAACGGGAACACCAAUAGCAACUACCUCGCUGGUUACUGUACAGCCACUGCAUUAGAGGCUGAUCCAAGCUGGUGGGUGGAUCUUGGUCAAUCGUACAUGAUUGACAGAGUGGCCAUCUUCAACCGCCAGGACUGUUGUGCUGAACGACUCAACCCCUUCAACAUCCACAUCGGGGAUUCCGACCAGGUCAGCGAGAACCCCAAGUGUGGCGGUGAUCAUCAAAUCGACGUGAACCAGCCGUCCAUUUCCGUCUCCUGUCAGGGGAUGAGGGGGCGGUAUGUGGGCGUCCGUCUUCCCGGACCCUCCCGAAUACUGACUCUGUGUCAAGUCCAAGUCUUUUCGGCUGUGGAUUAUUGCCGCCCAGACCCGUGCGUCAAUGGGACCUGUACGAGCGGGGCAGACAACUUCACCUGCGCCUGUGACGAGGGCUACGAAGGAGAAACUUGUGAAGUACCCAUCACUGGCCACUCACGAAAGAUCAUCUUCCCCGGUCCAAGAGGCAUUGAUGACUAUGCCAGGAUGGAGCCAACGUUGUCUGAGGACUUGACAAGCUUUACCCUAUGUGUGCACAUGCGCUCCAACAUGGAUUCCAGCGAUGUACUCAGCUUGGUCAGCUACGCAGUGUCACAACACAACAACGAGCUUUUCUUUCGUGUUGAUGGUGGAUUUAAGUUAAGCUUACAAAGCAACAUCCAAAUGACGGACCCACCCGUUUUGGACGGUGAGUGGCACACGAUAUGUACUACCUGGCGCAGCAGUGAUGGAGCCUGGCAGCUCUACGCUGACGGCGUGCUGACGGAUUCAGGUUCCGGGUUUAGAGUGGGAGGAAGAGUGCGCACAGGCGGCACAUGGAUCCUCGGUCAGGAUCAAGACGUAGUCGGGGGAGGAUUCGAUGCAGACCAGUCAUUCAUUGGAGAACUGUCGGAAGUGAACCUCUGGGACCGCGUGCUGUCUCCAGCAGAAAUAGCAGCGGACUGUAGUUACCAUGGCAACGUGAUUGACUGGGAUACAACUAACAUCACAGUCUUCGGACAGGCCAGCAGGGCUGAGUAUCAAUGCGAAAACAGAACUUGCCAGGCCGACCAGAGCUGGUCGGGUGUACAAACCAAUUGCUCCAAAAAAGCCUGCCCAGAGCUGCCAUUGCCAAACAACGGCAACAGGACAGAAGGUCAUCUUUACGGAGACACAGUCACCUUUUCCUGUAACGAAGGCUACGAACUGAUCGGUUCUGAAAACAGAACUUGCCAGGUCGACCAGACUUGGUCGGUUGUACAGCCCAAUUGCAACAGAAAAGCCUGUCCAGAGCUUCCGAUUCUAAACAACGGCAACAGGACCGAGGGUCAUCUUUACGAAGACAUAGUCACCUCUUCCUGUGACAAAGGCUACGAACUAAUCGGUUCUAAAAACAGAACUUGCCAGGCCAACCAGAGCUGGUCGGGUGUACAGACCAAUUGCUCCAAAAAAGCCUGCCCAGAGCUGCCAUUGCCAAACAACGGCAACAGGACAGAAGGUCAUCUUUACGGAGACACAGUCACCUUUUCCUGUAACGAAGGCUACGAACUGAUCGGUUCUGAAAACAGAACUUGCCAGGCCGACCAUACUUGGUCGGGUGUACAGCCCAAUUGCAACAGAAAAGCCUGUCCAGAGCUGCCGGUUCUGAACAACGGCAACAGGACAGAAGGUCAUCUUUACGGAGACACAGUCACCUUUUCCUGUGACGAAGGCUACGAACUGAUCGGUUCUGAAAACAGAACUUGCCAGGCUAACCAGAGCUGGUCGGGUGUACAGCCCAAUUGCAACAGAAAAGCCUGCCCAGAGCUGCCAUUUCCAAACAACGGCAACAGGACAGAAGGUCAUCUUUACGGAGACACAAUCACCCUUUCCUGUGACGAAGGCUACGAACUGAUCGGUUCUCAAAACAGAACUUGCCAGGCCGACCAGAGCUGGUCGGGUGUACAGCCCAAUUGCUCCAGAAAGCUCUGCCAACAACUGAUGGUACCUUCUAAUGGCAACAUCAGCGGCGGUAGUUCUUAUGAGGACGUCGUUGCUUAUCACUGUGACCCUGGAUACGAGAUUAGUGGUGAUGAAGAACGAACAUGCCAGUCGAACCAGACCUGGAGCGGUACACAGCCUACAUGCGUUGGGACAUCAUGCAAAGACAUAUUCCCUGAUGCCAGACAAAGUGCCGUCUAUGAAAAACUUCAGACUGCGUCAUUUCCUGAUGAAAUCUUGACAUUCACGGUCGAGGUCGGCCUUCCCGGGAGGAACUCCUCACAAACCUCACAGUCAGUCACCCUACUAGACGGGGUUGUCCUCAACAUCGCCAUUCGGUGUGCGGCAAACUGUGAAACCAAAGUCAACCCAUCGGAGAGGCUAGUUCUCGUGACCCAGUGUGACGACUGCCCGACAGCAAGCACCACAUACCUAUGGACCCUGGUGGGAGGAAAGCACAUUGACUGGGAUGUGGACACGACAACCGGAAACACGUCACAGAACCUAGUGGUUCGCAGUAACAUUUUUGAGGCAGGAGAAAGCUACACCUUCAGGGUAGAUGUGACCUCCGACGUCGUGCCUGGGGGAACCGGUUUUUCUGAGUACAGUUUCAGGGUCAACAAACCCCCUACUGUCGGGUCCUGUGCGGUCCGUCCUCCGUCAGGCGAUUCAACGAUAACGCAGUUUGACAUCUCGUGCGAAGGAGCCCGUGAUGAUGACUUGCCUCUGGUCUACAGUCUUUAUUUUAACAACGAUGGGAGUGACACAUUGCUCCAUACGGGAACGACCGAGCGAUUUCCACCCCAGCUGCUUCCAACAGGACAGGAACAUCGCGACUUCAACAUCACACUAGAAGUUCGUGUAUCGGAUGCUUUGGGUGCAACAUCAGUUAUCAGAAAUAUCAAAGUACAGGUCCGUCCACCGAGUGUGGAAGAUACGGCAGUGGCACUGGACAGCCUUAACGAUACGCUGGAGAACCUACUUCACAAAGGGGACAACCACGGCCUCCUGCAGCUCACCAACAGUCUUAGUUCUGUCCUCAACGCAGCGAACGCGUCCAGCUACAGCAACGAUUCACUUUCAAAGGCACGUGACGGGCUCAUUAACUCACUGACAAGGAUUCCAGUUCAGAGUCUGGACAACAUCGACCAGGUGGCAGGUGCCUUGGGCCUGGCAACAGCUUUAGAGGAGCAGGUCACUCCACAGUCUCAGGAGAGUGCAGCUCAAACUGUGCUGCAGAUGUCAAACUUUCUUGAAACAGCAGAAAAGGAGAUGUAGGUCCCGAAAGACUGGAGGAAACGGCAUCGG